GUGUUUUGCGACUUUUAGCUUCGGCUUAACUUUACUCUAUGUGACGUCGUAUUAUUGUUGCUUCACCUUCACCGCCUUCAUUUCCUCAGCUCAGUCCAGUCGGUCUUGAAAGAGGCAAGCGCAAAAUUGAAGUGGAAAGGAAGAACUUCAUAAUCAAAUCUAAUUUCUCGUAUUAGCUUUCUGUUGACGCCGGUGUUUUAUUAUCAGGGCCCGUAAAAAAAUAUUAGUGAGGAUGUCCAGGUUUCGUGCAUUAUGGCAAGCUUCACUUAAUGCAACUAAAAGAGCUCUCACAUGGAACCUUGAAGACCUCGUUCCUCCAAGUGAAAGAUACGUCUUCAAAUUUGAUUCCAAAGAGGAGCUUAAAAGAUGGCAUCUGUAUUCAGAUUCUGAAUAUGGAGGUUUAUCAUCUGCAUCAUUGGAGAUAAAAGAGCCUGCUAAUGGAUCAAGCGGUACUGUUCAGAAGCCUUUUCUUUUGUUAAGUUUCUGUAUAUUGAGAAUAUUGUACAUUUACACGCACUCCGAUUCUUUUGAGAUGUAUGAGAACAUUUCAAAAUGGAACAUUAGUAGAAGUGGCUUCUGUGGUAUGAGAUCUAAGAAGUUUGAUGGAUUCAUCGAUUUGGAUGCUUACGACACUUUGGCCUUAAAACUUAAAGGGGACGGUAGAUGCUACAUUUCCACUAUUUAUACAGAGAAUUGGGUGAAUUCCCCAGGACAGGAGGAAGAUAACUCAUGGCAGGCAUUUGUUUUUGUGCCCAAGGAUGAUUGGUAUAUUGCGAAGAUUCCUCUUGAUCGAUAUCUACCUACAUGGAGGGGCAAUGUGAUAGAUGCAAAGCUAGAGAUGAACCCGGCUCGAAUUGUCGGCAUGUCUCUAUCUAUCAAUGCUGAAGGUGGAGUCCCGGGAGCCAAGUCUGGUCCAGGUGAUUUUCGAGUCGAGAUUGACUAUAUUAAGGCUUUGAGACUGCAUAGUUGAUGAAUUAAACCAAUUGCUUUAGGGACCGUUUGGAUAGAAACGAAUAAUCACUAUGACUUUGUAAACUGCUUGGUGUGUGUGCUGUGCAUGGCAAGAGAUAAAAAUGUACUUAUCAGAGCAAGUGAAAACUUUUGAAGUUUUACUGGUGUGACAUGUAAUAACACACAUUAGUUUUUUGCCGUAAAAUCGUUGAAAUUUCGCAGGUGUGAUAUCUAACACGCAUUUUUUUU